AGCGUCUCCUUUAACGUGAAUUUAAACAAAUACGGGAGUGUCCUUCAUUACUCAAAUGCCCUCAGACUUCGUGGUUGGGUCACUUUUCAACUUCUACAGGACAGGCUUCGCCACAGAGCAAAGAAAUGCUGGUCGCGGAUGUCUCGAACCGGUUUCGUGAAGAAAGUUAAUGUUUAGACCGCGGGGACCCACUUUAUCUAGGAGCUGUAAUUAAAACAAGAUGUGGACCUACACGACUAACAAUAACAGCGAAAGCACCUCAGUGGUGUCUUGACCAAGUCUUCAACAUGAAUGGCAGCUGAACUACCACAGUACCAGACUGCUUCCUGUUUCUCAUAUUGGAGCAAAGAUUUGGCCAACACUCUAAAUGAAACCAGGAAUCUCACCAAGAGCAACAGGAGCAAAAGUUCAGAGGAGCCAUGAUAUUUUUCAAAAUGCCUAGAUUCAAAAAAUACCAACUACGGCUAAUAAUAAUAUGCUUUAGUAGCUUAAUGCUCAUGGCGUACUGGGAACAGAUUGACAAUAACAUUGUAACCCACGUAAUGUCGUUCUCCUACCGCUACCUUCUCAAUAACUUCACAUUCAUUAACGCAAGCUUUAGAGUCAACCCCGAAGAUGCUUUCAAGUACAACAAUCGCAAAUACCUAAUAAAAAACGAGGGGAAGUGUGGUGAAAAGGACAUUCUGCUCCUGCUCUUUGUGAAAAGCUCCUCAGAGAACUUUGAGAGAAGAAAAGCCAUUCGUGCUACUUGGGGAAACGAGGCGUACGUUGAAAGAAUGCUGGGUGUUACUGUAAAGGUAUUGUUCGCUCUUGGCCUCCAUCCUGAACCAGAGCAAAGAAGACUACUUAAUAUGAAACUGCUGGUUGAGGACCAAAGAUAUCACGACCUCAUCCAGCAGGACUUCAUGGACACCUUCCACAAUCUUACUCUGAAGCUACUUUUGCAGCUUGGCUGGAAAGAAACCUACUGCCACCGUGCCCAGUUCCUCAUGUCUGCAGAUGACGACGUCUUCAUUCAUAUUCCCAACUUAAUUCACUUCUUGCAAGGGAUCGGCCGUAGUAAUCUCAAAAACCUUUGGAUAGGAAGGGUGCACCGCGGUUCACCUCCCGUUCGAGACAAAGAGAGCAAAUACUACGUGUCCCAAGACUUAUACCCGUGGUUGUCUUACCCGGAUUACACCCCUGGAUCUGGGUAUGUUCUCUCCAGAGAUGCCGCUACCAAAAUCUAUCAAGCUGCGCUCACCAUAAACACUUCCUUUCACAUUGAUGACGUCUUCCUCGGGAUCUGCGCCAAAGUGCUAGAUAUCGCUCCCAAGGACCAUGCGUUCUUUUCAGGAGAGGGAAAAGCUCCUAACCACCCUUGUAUUUACAACCAGAUGAUGACUUCUCAUGGACACGUCGGAGACAUUCGGGAGAUGUGGAAGCGUGUAACAGAAGCCGAAGUUGGUCAGAUACCUUCAGGACUGAUAUGGAGGCUCUACUGCACUGUCACGAAAGUGAGGCUCCUGUGUGUACCUUUCCUCUCAAACUCUUACCCAUGUAAGGCAGCUUUUUUUGAAUAUGACAGUUAUUAAAAUUGAAAAGAACUCUCGGAUUACUAGAGUAACAUUUUUCACAAGUAGGUUAGAUAAGGGUUCUGUAAGGAAUUUAGUGGUGUGUUCAGAGAAAUAAAAAAUUAAAUGCAUCCAUUUUUCAAACCACUUACUGUGUUUACAUUCACGGGGAUACCGGAGCCUAUCCCAGUGCUUCAGGCGCAGUGCCGCAGUGAAAAGCUCUCGCAUAACUGCAUGGCCAGUCCAAUCCAUAUCUGAUUGGAAAUGGAAAUUGAGACAAGGAUGAGUAAUGUAAAACUUUCUUCUAUCAUACCACGCCUUACACUCUGAAGGUCAACACCAGUCUCUUUUAACAAUUUUCUGAAUAGCGAAAAUUGUUCCUUUUAUAGAAGCAGAUUAAAUAAUUUCCUAUCUAGAAUAAUAGUUUUUUUUAUUCAUUUGACUAUGCUUAGCCUGUUUUUGACAUACGUACACCUUACUGAACUGGUAUAAAAUUAUUUCUGAAUAGAUUCCUAAACACAAUAAGCACAGUUAAUGGUAAUCAAUGUAAACAUCAAUGUAUAUAUUUAAGAAAAACAACAAAAAAAACAUUAUUAAUGGAGUUUGAUUGCAAACAUGAUUUGGUGUUUGAUUGGAAGGAGGUUUUUGCUCUUCUAGUGGACUAGUUUUGCUUUACUGGACACUUUAAGGCUUAGGAUGUGUCCUCUGUAGCCACACACGAAAAUGGGAAGAUUUGCAUUUCAAAUGUGCCCAAGAGGAGACGUUUGAAGGUACAAACUUUGCUAAAGGUAAAAAAGGCUUUCUGAAGAAAGGCCAAUCUGAUUAUUGCGCGGUAAAUUGUUCACCCACAUAUACAUGACCUGGCCAACAGUACGCAGACACCCUCUUCUAAUAAAGUGCUGUGGUGAUAUUUUUGUAAGUCAAACUGGAGGUUGAUCGCCCUGAGGUGCAUUUCCAGAACCAACAAUGGUUGUAAGAUUUACAGUUCAAGGGAACUUGCGACCUUAGCCAAGAGUGCUCUUGUAAAAUGUAGCCCUGGGGCCUGUUGCAAUAAGGAAGUUCAACCAUCUCUGAGUUUAAACUUGAUCUCGAGUUGACUUAAUAUUAAAAACUUUUCGGUUUCAUAACCGCUGAAUUGUGUAGUUCAUUCAGCUCAGAGUUUAGCACGUGCACCACGACUAUGAAAAGCCAUGAUCCACGGAGCGCCGGGAUUCACCACAGCAACAGCUCAGUCAGUGCGUAACUUUAAUUCUUAAUAAAGCUUUUCGUUGUUUGAAACGCGUAAGCAUUAAAAGUUCAUAGGUGUAGGAAAAAUUACUUUACAAACGUUUGACAUAAAAUAUCCCUAUCUGUUUCAAUGCACUGUUGUUUUGUCCCUAGUCUAACGCUUUUUUCACAUAAUUAAAUAUUCUCUAAUUCAA